GCAAAAUUUGUUAAGACAUUUUUUAAAAACACCCAAUGCACGGAUGCCGUGUAAAUACUUUAAAACAUCGCAUGAGGUCCAUUACAAUGUCGCAGUUCAUUGUAAUUCAUGUUUUACUCAAUGAACCACAGCUCCCCCAUGCAGCAUUCGUGCUACCAACACCAUGCUUGGCUGUAGGAAAGACACAACUAUCUUGCUACACGCUUGUGUUGCCAGCUUUUUCAACUAUAUCUGUGUGUCAAUAAGUACCUUGGUUUUUGUUAUUAAUUCAUUACAAAAGCAAAACAUACAAAGGCCAUUUUUUUCUAUUGGAACUCAUGCAAAUCAAAUUCCACUGUUUCAGACUCCCAAAAAUAUGAACAGAAAAUAAUUGUUGCCGGCCCUCGUAACCGUCUUUGGUCCCAUGAAAUACCAUGAGCGUUGUUUUGGAGAACGCCAUCAUGACCAUGCCCAUGGCUACGGACAGGAUGCCCAUCAGGACUAUCAGCAGCUGAGGCGUGCCGCAGUACGUGAACGCCGCCACGCCCAUAAAGCUGGACAGGAAGAUGGCGGUGAACAGCGCCGUGCCAUAGCCAAUCAGGAUCUCGGUCCAGCACAGCGGCUCGUUGAGCUCAUAGAGCACAAAGAGGGAGAUCCCGCCCAUGUAGGUGAAGCAGAAGCUGUUGAAGAUCAACAUCAGGAGGAUCAGUAACGCCCGGCGCUUUGGGCUGGCCCCCGCAAACAUCUGGUAGACGCCGUAGAACAUCUGCUGCAUGGCCCAGCGCUGCUGGGACUCGCCCAGAUUGGCGGCGUCAGGGGGAGGCUGCUUGACGGUCUCCUCCAGAAUGAAGAUGGCGUACAACAGGAUGAACACUUGACACACGGCGGAGGUCAGGAAGGGCCAGUUGAAGCCCGCCACCUUCAGGAAGUAGCCCGUCGACAGGGCGGCCACGCCCGACAACAAGCCAAUCAUCGAGUCCAGCCCUGCAAUGCGCAACGUCUUCUGCUGGCCGUCCUCGCUCAGGUCGGCGAUGUAGGCAAAGCAGCCCCCCAGGAAGGUGCCCAGGCCCCCGCAUAGAGCAGAGAUGAGCGUACAGCCCACCAGGAUGUAGACGUUGAGCUCGAAGUAGGAGACGGACAGGAGGGCCAGGGUGUACGCCAGCGUGCCGACCAGGGGAAGGAUGAUGGCCAGCUUACGGCCACCGCGGUCGCUGUAGGCCACCACCAUGAGCGUGACCACCAGGGAGGGGAUGGCCGACAAGACCUCUGAGUAGAGUGAGAAGAGGGACGCUUGCCGCUGCACUUCCUGGAGACACAAGCGGAACACCAUCUCUUAGAGCAGCGGUCUCAAACUUGUGGCUCCCUACUUGUCAUCAGAGUCAAUCGGUAGCCCAGGGCCUUCUAUAUAUUGUGGGGGCCUUACGUCCCACAAGAGAUGUUAAGAGGCCCUUUGAUUGGCCAAACAGGAAGUAACCACAGGACUGUACCACUACUGCAAUGGAGAAUCAUAAAGAAAAGCUACGUUAAAACAUAUAAAGCAAGUGCCGCAAGGCAUGCUGUGAAGUCAAAAGCACACCCAGUGAUGCUACAAUGUAUUCUAUUUUUAGAAUGAUUCUAUUUUUUGUGGAAUCAUUGAUUCCUCCAGCGACCCCCAGGUAAUUUGAGUUUGAGACCCCUGUCUUGGACAUUUUGCAUUCAUCGCCAUAUCCAUAUUGACAGUUUGACACCACCAUCAUGUUGUUUUUGCCAGAAGUCCGAGUCAGCACAAUCAAAGACUGAGACCGGGACAUGUUUUCCUAGUCUUCUAUUGUCCAACUUCAGUGUCCCCCGUGUGAACUGUGGCAUGUGGACACAACCAAUUGGUUUGUGUUUCCAAACAAUCCUGCCGUGGGAAAUAAUCUGAAUAGAUUUAAUCUGUUCCAGAGUCAAAAACGCCGCCACCAUGAAAGCAGGUGAUGUUUUAAGUAUUUUGGUACAUGUUCUGAUCAAAGGAGAAGUGAAAAUUAGCAGAGAGGAAUAUCAAACACCUGAUCCUGUAUUUAGCACAUUUUUCAGCUCGCAUAGAAAAUGGCAGUUGAAGCAGCUGAAUGUUUACAGACAACUCCUUUGCAUUUUCUCUUCUCGGUGGUUAAAAGCCAUCUGAUAACAGUUAUUGAUUGUAUAACCUCCUAAGAACAACAAGGAGGGUUUCGUAUGUGCUUUUCAAAUGCUAGUCUGUGUAUAAUACAAUACUCUCACCAUAUUUGUGCAAAUACUAUAAUGCAGUAUUAAUAUCUAGUACGUUAUCUGUGCAUAUCGCCUGUGAAUGCAUCAUUAUGACCACACCCACAAGAGCUGAACAAAAGCAGUGUUUCCCGCAGGACGUUUACAGGUAGAUGGUGUCAUCGUAUAAUUGGCCAUGACUCACGUGUACCACAGACAAAAAGCAAGCCAAAAAAAAAAAACAAAGGCAAAACAAAUAUACAAAUGAACGUUCUUCAAAAAAGAACUUAAGAAGAGCGAAACAUGCUAACGUUUAACAAGACCAGAAACAGUUGCUAGAUUUAUUGCUAGAGAACCUAGAGGGGUUUGAAGUUUGGGAGUUGGUAACGCUGAUCCCUCAUGCCACGUCUUCUUAUUCUUCGAGAAACCAGGUGCGUAUACAAUACAAAGUCAGACAUUCCUGUUAUAAUGUGUUUAAGAGCCAGGGUGAACAGCUAAGGGGUACAAAUGUAUUUGUGUCAGCACUAAAUGGCUGCAUAGGAAACACUGAAAAGUGGAUACCGUCAAGUAUUCAAUAAAAAAGUGGCAUAGACCUGGACUGUAUCAUUCUAAGAGAUCUUUCUCGUGUUUUGGUUAGUCCAUUUAGCUAAAUAGAAGCGUCAAAACAGUAGAAACAGCUCUCUGGUGUGGCGCAAUGUUGUUGUUACCCACGAAAACAAUAGUAUAGACAUUGUUACAUGAAUUAAAAAGAUGAGUUAGACCUCCAUGCCCAACAUCUCAUACCUGUGCAACUUCCACUUCAAUAGUUAUAGUGAGAAAAUGUGAUGAUUUACUAUCUUCACCAUCUUGUGCGUUUGUUUCUUCUACAGCUCCAAGUAAGAUGACAUUUUUGACUUGCCUCAAAGUAGAUGGACUGGUUGAUGUUACUGCUCCUGUUUGCCGCACAGGUGGAUGCGUUGUCCGAGAUGGGAUAGGUGCUGUUGGUCAAGUCAUGCCACAGGCGCCUGUACACGUACUGCUGCAUCAGAGGGUAGGUGAGUCCCAUUAUAGGUCCUUUCUUCUUGGAUCAAUAAUGGCCUUCAGCAAAGGUUACCGCAUUUAUCACAAGCUGGACCCACCUCCCUAUAGUGUCAUCGUGGAGACACGGAGCCGGGAAGAAUGCCUCAUGUUCGAAUCUGCGGCUGUUGCUGUCCUGUCGGCAGCUGAGAAGGAGGCCAUUAAAAACACAUAUUCCAAGAUUGUUGAUGCCUAUGGAAUUUUGGGCGUGCUCCGCCUGAACCUGGGUGACUCCAUGCUCCACAGCCUGGUGGUGGUGACCGGCUGCAGCUCUGUGGGCAAAGUACAGGAGUCGGAAGUGUUCAGGGUGACACAGACAGACUUCAUAUCGCUGAAGAACGACCCCGGGGACGAGGAGCGCAUUGCUGAGGUGCGGAAGGUGUUGAACUCGGGACACUUCUACUUCGCCUGGUCUUCCACCGGCGUCAGCAUGGACCUGAGCCUCAAUGCACGGCGGAGGAUUCUGGAGGACACCACGGACAACCGCUUCUUCUGGAACCAGUCCCUCCACCUGCACCUGAAGCACUACGGCGUCAACUGCGACGACUGGCUUCUGCGACUGAUGUGUGGUGGCGUGGAGAUCAGGACCAUCUACGCCGGACACAGACAAGCCAAGGCCUGCAUCUUCUCCCGCCUCAGCUCGGAGCGGGCCGGCACACGCUUCAACGUGCGCGGGACCAAUGACGACGGGCAGGUGGCCAACUUUGUGGAAACGGAACAAGCUAUUUUCCUGGAUGACAGCGUAUCAUCCUUCAUACAGAUCCGCGGAUCCAUUCCGCUGUUUUGGGAGCAGCCGGGAAUCCAGAAAAAGUCCAUUAAGGGUGUUUUCUUGCACCUGAAUGGGAAUCGGCAACCUAAUCGACUGGAUCAGAACCCUCACCUGGUUGGCUCUCACCGUGUCAAACUUUCCCGGGGAUUCGAGGCAAACGCACCGGCCUUUGAGAGACACUUCACCGCUCUGCGGAGGUUGUAUGGGAAACAGGUGAUCAUCAACCUGCUUGGCAGUAAGGAAGGAGAGCACAUGCUCAGCAAAGCCUUUCAGAGUCACUUGAAGGCAUCGGAGCACGGCGCGUUUGUGAAGAUGGUCAACUUUGAUUACCAUCAAAACGUGAGGGGGGGCAAGGCAGACAAGCUGCACAGCGUGCUCAAACCUCAGCUCAGCAAAUUCAUUGACGAGUGCGGCUUCUUCUACUACUCAGGAGAGAUGGGCAUCACCAGGAGCCAGGGUGGCACCAUCAGGACCAACUGCCUGGACUGUUUGGACAGGACCAACAGUGUCCAAGCCUUCUUUGCUCUGGAGAUGCUACCCAGGCAGCUGGAGGAAAUGGGCCUGACUGAGAAGCCGCAGCUGGUUGCCCGCUUUCAGGAGGUGUUCAGGACCAUGUGGUCUGUCAACGGAGACUCCGUCAGCAAGAUCUACGCUGGCACAGGCGCCCUGGAUGGCAAGGCCAAGGCGGGAAAGCUCAAAGACGGCGCUCGCUCUGUGACGAGGACGAUCCAGAACAACUUCUUUGACACCUCCAAGCAGGAGGCCAUUGACAUCCUUCGGCUGGGCUCCACCCUCAACAGUGACCUGGCCGACAAGGCUCGGGCCUUGCUCACCACUUCCAGUCUUUACGUCACUGAGCCCGUCUUGCAAUCAGCCUCCCCCAGGGUACUGCUGGGAAUGUGUCAGAACUUCCACAAGUACACGCGGCCCAAACAGAUCCGUGUGUGCGUCGGCACCUGGAACGUUAACGGCGGCAAACAGUUCCGCAGCAUCGCCUUCCGCAACCAGACUCUCAACGAUUGGCUGCUGGAUGCACCAAAGAUAGCGGGACACCCUGAGUUUCAAGAUACUAAAGCUAACCCUGUCGACAUCUUUGCCAUCGGCUUUGAAGAGAUGGUUGAACUGAACGCUGGAAAUAUUGUCAGUGCCAGCACCACCAACCAGAAGCUGUGGGCUGCUGAGCUACAGAAAAACAUCUCACGGGAUCACAAAUACGUGCUGCUGGCCUCGGAGCAGCUGGUGGGCGUGUGUUUGUUUGUUUUCAUUCGUCCGCAGCACGCGCCCUUCAUCAGGGACGUCGCAGUGGAUACGGUGAAAACGGGAAUGGGUGGGGCUACGGGCAACAAAGGGGGUGUGGCCAUCCGCCUGCUCUUCCACACCACCAGCAUCUGCUUCGUGUGCUCCCACUUUGCGGCGGGACAGUCGCAGGUCAAGGAGAGGAAUGACGACUACAACGAGAUCACGCGUAGACUCAGCUUCCCCAUGGGUCGUCUGCUCUACUCGCACGACUACGUCUUCUGGUGCGGAGACUUCAACUAUCGCAUCAACCUGCCCAAUGAGGAAGUGAAAGAGCUGAUCAAGCAACAGAACUGGGAUGCUCUAACUGCUGGCGACCAGCUCUUUGACCAGAAGAACGCUGGUUUGGUGUUUCGAGGAUUCAUUGAAGGCAAGUUGGACUUUGCGCCGACGUACAAGUACGACCUCUUCUCAGAGGACUACGACACCAGCGAGAAGUGCCGCACGCCAGCCUGGACUGACCGCAUCCUCUGGAAGAGGAGAAAGUGGAACUUUGACAAAACAGCAGAGGAAAUGAACGUGGUCGGCGCAACGUCAACAUCAGCUGAGAGCGAGGAUGACCCGGAUCAUCCCUGGAGUCCUGGGACCCUGAAAUACUAUGGCAGGGCGGAGCUGAAGACCUCAGACCACAGGCCCGUGGUUGCCAUAAUGGAUGUGGACAUUCUGGAGGUGGACCCGGAAGCUCGGCACCAGGUCUACAAAGAUGUCAUCGCCCUGCAGGGUCCUCCAGACGGCACCAUCCUGGUAUCUCUGUGCUCCUCCGGCCCCGACGACUACUUUGACGACCCGCUCAUUGACGAACUGCUGGACAAGUUUGCAAAUUUUGGAGAAGUGAUCCUCAUCAGGUUUGUGGAGGAGAAGAUGUGGGUGACCUUCCUGGAGGGUUACUCUGCUCUUGCUGCUCUGUCACUGAGCGCUUCAACUGUCCUUGGCAAGGUGAUUGACAUCCGCCUGAAGAGUCCCGGCUGGAUCAAGAGUCUGGAGGAGGAGAUGAGCGUGGAGAGGAUCUGCGGGAGCAUCCCAACGUCGGCCAGCUCCACCCUGCUGGCUGAGGACGCCGACAUGGGUGACGAUGACUACGACAUGGAGGGUGACGUGGAUGAGGAGGUGGAGGCCAUCCUUCCUCAGCACCUCCAGCCAUCAGUGGGCUCUGGACCUGGAUCUUCUCCUCUCCCUUCCCCUCGCAGCAGCCCUUGCUCCUCCCCCACCCACGGGGAGCCCGUAGCACCCAUCAGGCCCGGGCGCUCCGCUCAACCAGUCCGACCAUCACACGGACCUCCUGUGGACUUCCAGCCUGGUGCGCCGACACCGCAAAGCCUGGAGCCCAAACGCCCGCCGCCUCCUCGGCCUAAUGCACCCCCAGCAAGACCUGCACCCCCCCAGCGCCCACCGCCACCUUCAGGUCGAGGCCAGGUCAUCUCAGGACCUCCUGGACUAGCAGGCGCUGCAAGGCCGAACCUUCCUCCUCGAGCCGGCGUGAUCAGCAUGCCCCCACAAUCUCGCCCUCCUCCUCCAUCCCACCCAGGCGCUCCCCGCCCCAUCCCAGAGGUGCACCCAGGAGCCCCUCGACCCAUCACUGACACCCACCCAGGAGCCCCGCGACCAGGGCCGGGUGGCCCCGCCAUGACGCCUGAUCCUCCUUCAGGAGCUGCUCCAACAGCGCCCCCUCCUGUGAGAGCGCCGGCACCCACACAACCCCAGCCUGCUGCCCCGGUUCCGUCUCACCUGCCUCCCCCGAUGCAGCCCACGCCAGCCGUGGCUCCUCCCCCUACUGCCGCCACCGCCUCUGGUCCUGCUCACAAUCUGGCCUCCCCAAAACCGCCGCCACGUUCCCGCUCCCAUCACGCUCUGCCGCCGGACGCCACCAAGGCCGACUCAGCCGCCCAGACCAACGGACUCAAUGGCGUCCAGUGGAAGCCCAACCCCUUCGACGCCUUCGACUUCCUCCCCUCGUCGUCUUCUCCCUGGCAGACCACCCAAUCCCUGACCCGAGGAUCCUCGCUGAGGACUCCUGCCUCAGUUCCCAAUUCCUUAACCCUGCCUCAUUCCCCCGCCUCAUCCUCACUGGCCGCCACCCUGCUUCCGCCUCCCCCUUCCAUGCCUCGCAGUCGCUCCCAGGAGGCACUACGGGCCUCACCCAACCCGUUCACAGCUGACCCGCUCCCAGCCCGACCCAGCAGCACCAACCCGUUCACCGGGCCGCAGGCGCAGCAGCAGCCGCUUCCAGCUCGCCAGCCACUGGACUUCAUCACCCAGACGCCACACCCCCAGUGGUCAGCACUUUCCGAGCCUCUCAUUCCCACCCCUGCAGCGGCCCCCAAGCCUCUCUCUAGAACCAUGUCCCUGUUUGCACCCUCACCGGCCCCCGCCCUGCCUUCGGGCCCUCCAUCGUCCCUCCCGCCCAUGCUCCCGCCCCGCCGUAAUCCGCCUCCCCAGAAGGGCAAACCAGCGCAGCAGUGGGUGACCUUCAACGAUGACUUCGACUUCCCUCUCCCCGCUAAACCCCCCCAGGCUUUGGCCAGCCAAACUCUGCCCUCUAGCUCCACCCCUCUCACCGAGCUGGACUGGUUAACCCCGACCCCUGUGUCGACAUUCCCGACACUCCCUCCUCCCGUCCCAUCACGGAAGCUCCCAGACGGGUCCAGUCAAAGCUGCCUCUUCCCCAGCGAGCUGACGGAAAGAUGACCUGAGAAGCCAACAUCCAGACACGUAUACAUUUAUCUUAGACGUACAGAAACAGUUGAUGUGUGUGAAAGAGUAUUUAAGACUGAUUCCCGUCGGAAACCCAGGGAUGGAAUUAUGUGUCAGUAUCACAAGAGCCCGCACGUGCGCUCUCAUCUUCCAGUUUACUCCCUUAGCGUUUUAAAUGUUUAUUUUUUAAAUGAAACUAUAUCUAUGUGCACAUUAUCUACAAGCGCCUGUGCAAUAUCAAACACGCGUACUGUUUGGUUUGUCGCGUUUCAUUCCGUCUCGUCUCGGCGUCCAUCGCUGCGUUGUAGGCGCCGCUCUUCUUAUGAAUGUAUUCCACGUUGCACUGAGUCCCGUCACUGUCGCGCCCCGCGCCGCUCAGCUGCUCUGCAACCAGUCUAUACAUAGUGUUGAGGUAGGAACCAUACGUUUGUGUACGUUUGUGUUUGCACUGAGGCUGCACAUGCCACACACCAGAGGGAUUUGGUUUUGUAUACCCCCCCCCCCCCCGUCAAAAGCAACAACACAUUUGUGUGUGUGCGUGCGUGUGUGUCAUCCACUACAUAAAAGGGCACAUUUUCCAAGUCCUCUUUAAAGCCAUAGUGCUAACUGAAUAAUACGUGGUAACUGUGGUGAGCUGUGACGUGUUGUGUUCAAGGUGCAUUUUGUUUGUCGUGCUAGUGUUGUGUGAGUGUCGGUGCACAGUCGGCAGUGAACCCCCCCGCCCCCCCACAAGGUCCAAGGUGUUUACUUCUCCUUUCCAGACAGCGUAGUCACUAGCCUACAGCAAGUACCCCCCCCGCCCCCCCCCCCCCCCGCUGCAAACAUUCGUCUGAUUGAUUGACGUGUUGAGUGUCCCUGCAACAGUGUUAGUGAAGUGUGCGGGGUGAUGCCACGUGCCAGGUGUGAGUGCACAACACGCAACAGUCACCACAAAUAUGAUCAAUAUUGACUAAUCAUGGCAGACAUCCGUUAACUAACUUUAUCCCCCUCUGUGUGUGGUUUCAAAAUAAUCUCCAUUCACUGCUCUUAAAGUAUCAUUUGUUUGUGACGUAGAAAAUAUAUCAAAAUAUCUUUAUCAUAGUUCGCAAUAGGCGACGAGCCAGCGCUUUGUGUCACAUUCAAGAUUUUAUAGCAAACAAAAUUGCUCCGUUUGUGAGGUCCGUGUCCCCUUUUUAAUGAUUAUAAUCCAUAGUGAAUAAUUAUGAUGAACUGUGCUGGUGAACAUAAUCUAUGUGUAUUAAAGAGCAAACAUGAAUCUGCUGUUCAUGUUGAUAUCCAGAAAUAUUCCAUAUUUAAAGUGUACAACCGGUUGCACAUCUAUGUAUAAAGCAGUUUAUGUUAUAUGUAUGCAAAAAUAAUUAAAAAAAUGGAACUCA